AACAACUCAGCCGGUCAGCUUUGUCGAAAUUAAACAUAGAUGUUUAAACUUAAGCAAAAUUGGUAACUAAUACUGUUGCAUGAUGUUAUUUAGACUGUAUUUAAAAAUGUUUUCGCUUUGUCGUAGUUUCGCAUUGACGGUGAAAACGGAAGACGCUGUUUGUCUUAACUAUGAUGUUUUGUAUUCAACUUAAUAUUGCAUCUGUUGUUUUAAAACUUUAGUUGUAUAUUACACGUUUAAUAUUACGAAUGAAAUGUGUUAUGAUGUUUGUUUCGAAUUACUCUUCUGUAUGUGAAACUCAAGGCCUUGUCGGCCCUCAAACACGCGUUCAUGUAACGUUAGGCCAGGAAUGUGGUGUCGUCGACUUCUUCUUAAUUUGCUUAAUUUUUUCAUAAUUAAAUCAAGGACGAUGCUUUAUUUCAGCACGAUAUGUGGAACAAUCAAAACAUUGCAAUGUGAAACAAAUCAAACAUCGCAUUUUGAGUGUUCAUUUGAUUAUUUGUCCCAGGAACACGACCGACAGGACAAAGUAUCCUGGUAUUAAAACGCAUUCCGAAGUUUUAUAUCGAUUUCUUGUAGUGUGGCGUGUGAUAAUUUCGAUAUGAACACAUUUGAUCAGGUUGGACAGCCGCAUGCUUUAAUAGUAUUUGUUAAAAGGAUUUUUAAAGCAUAUUUUCUAAACUAAAAAAGACAAUUUUAAUAAAACAACAUUCAAAAUGGCCCUGGGAUAGAGUGUAGCGUGUAGUUUUUGAUCAUUAUUUAAGAUUGGCAUGAGUGACACGUGCUAGGAAGGAUGGCUUGGCUUUCUUUUUUUAUUUCCUAGGUUUGUUAUGCAAAGAAUAAUGCCGGAACUAGUUGGCAUUGCACUGCAGUCUUACUUUUACUUUCGGAUCUUAGACGUUUCAAAGUAUUUCUUUGUUGUUUUGCUGUUUAUGUCAGUCCUAUUCUGUCAUUAUUGUGGAAGAGUAACAUUUCAUGUCUUUUUUUUAUUUCACUUAAGAUAGGUUUAAAAGCUGAAAAAUGGUUAGACAACACUCAGGAUCUCCUCGUUCCAAACACAGGCCAUUCUCGGACAACUACAGCAGCAUGAAUCAUGAAGUGCGAUUUGGCCCCCCUUCAAGAAGCCAGAGAGGUUUUAGAGGACCUCCUGGAAAAGCCCCACCAAGUUGGAGAGAUAAAAACAGCAGUGGACCCCAGCCAUACCCCAAGAGGCCCUCGCUCAUGGGUGAGCGCAGAGAGCGGCCACAUGGACCGUGGAUGCAGCACCAGGAUAACUUCCAUCCGUAUCCCAGCUCACAGGAUUCACAGCGGGGCCGCAGGAGGCCUUCUCCGCCUCGCUCAAGCCGCCCUCCCCCAGUCCAGCACAGGCAGUCACCACAUGGCCCUAUACAUGGACCGCCUAGCCACAGAGCACCACUUUUCCACGAAAACCACCCUAGCCACACAUCUCCAUCUCGCCAUUUCCAUGGCCCUCCGUCAGACAGGCGGAUUCCUUCCCCACACAGUUCCUUCAGGGGUCCACAGCGACGCCCAAGCCCUCAGGAGCAUGAUAGGAGCUGGUGCCCCACUCCUCGGGGGAGGCCCUUUGGCAGACCAGCACUUGGCAGGCACCACUGGAAUGGUCCAGGAGGUUACCCUCACCACCCCGGUGGGGAUUCGAGGCUUUCCGGCCCACCCCAAAGAAAACACAGAGAGUUUCAUGGAAGGAAUUCAUAUCCAGAGAGGUGGUCUGCAGAGAGAGAUCAGCGUGCACCGCAUGGAGUGCUUGGAAGGGAGUCCCGGCGCCCCGGCAUGGAAUGGGCACAUGGAGGAGGGGGAAGUCCACAUACUCGACCCCCUUACAGAUCGCAGGCACGAAGACCAGGCCCACCCCCAUCUGGAUCAUCGCUCAGACCGUAUCCUCCUUUUCGACCUCAGGAAAGGCCCUUUGGACGGCCAAUGAAGAGGAAGAGUCAAGAAUUCAGACGGCCACCGUCAUCAAGCGGUUUGGAACAUGGGCCACCAAAGCACUUCCGCAGGGAAUUGUCAGUGAGACCUCUUCCUCUCAGGGGCUUCCGAGGUCGUGGUUUGUCCCUUCAAGAUAAGAGUCGACUGAUAAAGGCACGAAGGUUUAGAGCGGAGUCAGUGGCCCGGUUCAAACUGCCUCCACCGAGGCCAAGAAUCUCAGAGAGAGACCAGAAGCCCAAGCCUCAGACUGCACCAAAGAAUGCCAAAGAUUCCCCAGGAGUCCCACCACGCAAGUUAUCACUCAAAAAGAUGCCAUCAUCCAGAGAGUCAUCCCCCAACACAGACUCCAAGACUGCAGAGCCUGAGAGGGACUCCGAAACAAAGGUGGAAUCCCGUCGCUCUGUGAGCGCGCACAGCUCUUCACCAAUAGACCGACGACUUUCACGUGAUCUUGUUGUGGUUUCCCAUUGGGAGGCAGGGCACAAACCCAGCACUAGCCCUAAGAACAAUACACCCUGGAGGAAUAAGGCACCCAAGAGCAAAUCUGAGGAAUCAGAUUCUCAUGGAAAUUUAACACUGAAUGAACGCUUCACCAAGCUACAAAGUCCUAUUAGCUCUUCACAGGAACAGAAAGAAAGACGGUCUUCUGGAAGUCCAGAAAAAAUCCUGAGGAAGCCUGGAUCAUUUCAGAGGCCUAAUUUCCAGCCAACUGUUGGAGUGAAGAGGGGAUCAGCCCCUGAUGGAGUUGCUAGGAAACCACUGAUGGGCACUUUAAUUCCAAGACCACCCUUCAAUCAGAAGCCUGUCUUCAAGAAGAGUCAAAGUAUCAUGUCAAAGUACAAGAACCUGCAGACGCUGCGGCAUAAAGUGCCUCAUCAGCGUCAAGCCACUAGCUAUCGCCGGUGGUAACCCAAAAUGAUUGCAUAUGCUGAAUCAAGUCGUCCACUGUAGAGCCUCUCUGUGGAGCUCCUUGACCCCCUCACCUUCUCUUAUCUCCUGUUGUACAACAGUUUGAACUAAUCUCUGUAAAAAAAAAACACACGCAAAUAUCACCAAAGUAUUAUUUUUCAUCUAUAGUAGAUUUUUAAUUUAUUUUUCUUUUUUUUUUUUCUUUGGUGUGCUUUAGAGAUAAAGUCUCGAAUUCUGUGCAUUCGUCUUUUUAGAGUUUCAAAAACGGAGAUUAGAGUCACAUUUUUGUAUAUACCUUUAACCUGUACAAAAGCUCUCUGUUUGCCAGAAUUUUGUGAAAAAUAUGAUUUUUAGCUUUUGGUUAGAACUCUUUUUCAACAUGUUUAUGUUUAUACAUCAGUGUCUGAAUAGUUGCUUUUUUGAAAGUGACUGUUAAAAGACUUGCAUCAUGUGAAAUGAUACUUGUAGAAUGCUGUAUGAUGAGUAGCUUUCAUUUGAUGAAACGAACUGAGUUUGUUUGGUUGAGCUCCAUGUGUUGAUAAAUGGUUUCCCUGAAAAGUUUUGUUUGUGUAGCUCAUAGAACACAUUUACAUUCUUUGUAAUCAGACACUUUGAAUAAAACUGGAAUUGUCA